GGUUGCUGUGUGUUGAGGCAGUCGCCAGUCUAACGGGACCAGUGGAUACGUUAACAUCGUCGCGACGCAACAUCGGUUGCAACAACAGAUUCGUGAGCUCAUUUCGGAUGCUCGUCGUGAUGGCUGCUCCCCACCGACAGCCCCCCGCGUCGUAAGUGUCUGGCAGUCUGAAGUCUAGUGUCUGCUGGUGUUUGGUGUUUGCUGUUUGUUGGUCCCACUCAGUUGAAAGGAUACAAAAUCCAUGAAUACGAAUAUUAUGAAUAACAAUAUGAAUAACCGUAUGAAUAUGAACAUGCAUACGAGUAUAUUGACCAGUUGUAAAAGCCAUCACAAUCGACGCCGUUGCUGAUGAUAACAAUAAAAUACGAGAGAGUAUGAAAAUUGCAAAAAAUGCAAAUUGCCAAAUCUGAGGGCGAACAAUAAAAUCGACCAUAAAGAACAUCAAAUCAAGAGCAGACGCUAACCAACGAUAAUAUUGGCCAGCACACACACACACACACACCCACAUAACCAGUCGAGGACAGCAACAACAACUACAACAAUAACAGGAGCAACAAUAACAUCACUCUGGCCGGUGGCAAUGGCCAAGUCGCAGCACAAUCCCACACAGCAUCUGCAAUGGCAGCAGCGCCGGCAAUAUCAACCCCAACACCAACCCCAACCCUUAACACGGACUCUGCCCCUUAUCCUGACUGGCAAAUGCCGGCACGUGCACUACGAGAGCUCCUGGAGCGCUGGCUGGAGGAGAUUCGCCUGGCUGUUAGCUGUUGUAUGCCUGCUGACGCGGCCCGUCAUGCCGGAAGUUAUUUAUCGAGUUGAUCCUUUGGCUCUGUUGGCGGCCACCUUGCGGACGUACCAACGUGCCGGAUGCGAUUCAGAGCAGCUGUCACUCAGCUGUCCACGUGGCACUAGCAUUUCCAUAGAGCUAGCCCAAUAUGGACGAGCGGGAGAUUUAUCCGACCACAGUCUGUGUCCGCCCGUCUCGCAAGAGGACCUCACCACGACCGGAAGUGCCGGCGAUGCUGUCAUCCACAGCGGCACCGAAAUCGAAGUCAAACCGCCGGAAACGUGUACCGUAAGCGGAUUACAGUACGCCCUGCUGCAGACUGUGGUGGACGCCUGCCAAAAGAAGAGGCACUGCAAGUUCGCUGCGAAUUCCAAAACGCACACAACUGGAGAUCCUUGCUCGGGCAUACGAAAAUUCGUGGAGAUUGCCUACAAAUGCCGUCCAUACGAAUUCCGCAGCAAGUUGGCCUGCGAGAAUGACAACAUGCCACUGAUGUGCAAUCCUUACUCCCGCAUUGCCAUCUACAGCGCCUCCUUUGGCCACACGGAGCGCGAAAGUGUCCAGUGCGGUGGCCAAGGAGCGCCAGCUGGAAAUGUCCUCAUAAACCGUGAGGAUAAUGGACAGCCAACCUGCCUCGUGUCCUAUGCCACGGAGACAGUCAUGCAGAUCUGUCAUGGCCGACGACGCUGCUCGGUGACCGCCGAUGCCGGCACCUUUGGGCGACCCUGCAAGACGGAUGUGCGCAUGUAUCUAAAGGUCGUCUACACAUGCAUUCCCCGCAAGGUACUCAAGGAUCGCUAUGAGACGGCUCCAGAGGCGGAUGAGCCGCAGCAGACUGAUCUGGAUCUGGACCAAGAUGAGCUCUAUGACGAGGAUCAGUUCUACAAGGAGUCGGAGGCGAUUCCACCAGCUCCAAAGCUACAAGGUGCCAAUGUGGGACGAUCCUUUGACUUUGACUUGAGCUCGGCUGGAGAGGAAUCCACAAGCACGCUGCUUCCACCGCUCUUGUCCCGCAAUGAUGCCUCAUUGGAGGAGCGACUACAGUCAUCUGUGCGUUUGUUGGACCGCAUAAAAGAGUCAUUCAACCAUCCAUUGGAGGCUGAGGAGGCAACAUUGGCCAAUGACCACAUUAGCACUACAACCGAUAAUAAUGAUGUGGAUAAUGCAAUCGAGCUCGAGACAAAGACAGAGGCCACCAAUUCUGUUACUGAUUCUGAUGAUGUCAAUGCUAAUACAGAAUCUGGUUAUGCGAAAAAAAGAAACUUCUUCAAUCGGCGCAAGUGUCAGAUGGCUGAUGAUUGGGGGCCAAUAGGUCUCAACUGUACCGAUGAGGACAUUGUCACCGAACGUGUCGAAGUGGUUGGUUUCUUGGCAAAUUGGCUGAACACCUAUCUCUACAUCCGAAAGCAUCAGGAGCAGUUCUAUCUCUAUCUCAUCAUAUCGGUUACUGCCGGUGUGCUUCUCUGUCUGACAAUUGUCAUUGGUCGACUCACUCUGCAACGGAGAGGCGGACGCAAGAAGAGAAGCUCCAGUGUCAGCAACGUGGAGCGGCAGGAGGAGCGGCAGGAGGAGUGGGAUCAGGUGGAAGUGGAGGUGGAAAUGCUGGCAAUUUCCAACAGUUGA